CCGGAAACAUCAUCUUCAGGAAGAGCGCGAGGAACUUCAACGCGCCCAUGUGCAAAGCCGCGGAUAUCUCGGUGGUGGAGGUGGAAGAAAUCGUUGACGUGGGGGCUUUCCCCCCAGAGGACAUCCAUGUCCCUAGCAUUUACGUGGAUCGCGUGAUAAAGGGGCCGAAAUAUGAGAAGAGAAUCGAGCGGAUGAGGUUCCAGGGACAGAAGACUGGAGAAGUCCUAGACAAGGACGACCCCAAAGUACGCAUCAUCAAACGGGCAGCUCUGGAGUUCGAGGACGGCAUGUACGCCAACCUGGGCAUCGGGAUCCCGCUGCUGGCCAGCAACUACAUCAGCCGGGACAUGACCGUGUACCUGCACAGCGAGAACGGCGUCCUGGGCUUGGGCCCGUUUCCUCCCAAAGCUGAGAUGGACGCGGAUCUCAUCAACGCGGGCAAGGAGACGGUGUCGGUGGUUCCCGGGGGCUGUUUUUUCGCCAGCGAUGAAUCCUUCGCUAUGAUCCGAGGGGGACACCUCCACCUCAGCAUGCUCGGAGCCAUGCAGGUGUCCAAGUACGGCGACCUGGCCAACUGGAUGAUUCCCGGCAAGAAGGUGAAAGGAAUGGGCGGUGCGAUGGAUCUGGUGUCCAGUCUCAAGACCAAAGUGGUGGUCACCAUGGAGCACUGCACGAGGAACAACACCCCCAAGAUCAUGGAUAAAUGCACCAUGCCGCUGACCGGGAAGCGCUGUGUGGACCGCAUCAUCACCGAGAAGGCCGUGUUCGACGUGCACAAGAAGAAGGGGCUGACGCUGGUGGAGCUCUGGAAGGGCUUGACCGUGGACGACAUCAAAAAGAGCACGGGGUGCGCCUUUAACGUGUCCCCCAACCUCAAGCCCAUGCAGCAGGUGGCGACCUGAGCCGGGAGGCAGCCCUUGGGCGCGGAGCCUGGGCCUCCCAGGGCUGGCUGCUGCCCUCUCAGACUUCACUGCACAGAUGGUGUUCUCUCUGGAGGGACGUGACUUUAAUAAACACAGAAGGAAACCAGC